AUGGCCUUUCCGAAGGCUGCACGAUUCGUACCAGAGCAGGUGCUGCAGGUCCCUGGACCAGGGGCGUACCUGGUACCGAGGCUGCUUGAUGCAGUUGAUGCAAUGAGACCUCGCAUCAGGAAGGCAAGGCGGAAAAGCACAAAGCAGGACUGCGUGACCCAUGUAACCCAGUCCCUGCUUGGACGUCCGCCCAUGACAAUGCCAGCAGACAAAGAGUUUGAGGAGGGUAAGGAAGAAACAGAAGCCGAGAUACCGGGAGAGUUGGAAGCGCUCGUAAUGAGGGACUGGCUUUCGGUGGCCCAGAUGGAGCCCAGCGGGCACGUGGGAUCGGGUGCUAUUGGAGAGAUUUUCAGGGCCAGGCUCCGGCAGACGGGGCAAACCAUCAUUUUAAAGAAAAAGAAACUAAGGAGCGACGUUGCCAAAGAUUUCCUACAAGAAGCCGUUUUUAUGCACGCUAGCCAGCACCCCAACAUCGCGCGAGUUUUGUUUGUGGCAACAUGGCCUUCCGUUGUCAUCGGACUGGAAGACCUUGGCCCAUCGCUAGCUCAGACGCAAAGUAGCAUCGAGCCCCAGGGCUUCACGCAAGCCUUCACCAAUGUGGCUCGCGCCGUCGCCUUUUUGCACUGCUUCGUGGCCCAUCGUGACUUGAAGCCUCAUAACAUCCUGCACAUUGAAUCGGUGUGCAGAAACUGGGAAAUGAAACUUAUUGAUUUCGACGCAGCUGAAGAUCUUCGCCGAGGGUCCAAGCACAUGCCUGGGAGCGUUGGCACCUAUGCUCCACUCUUCUGUAGUGGCUGGACCCGUGUGGAGUUGGACGUGUAUGCCGUUGGAGUGAAAAUUUCAGGUAUCGUUGAUGCUCAUUUGCUUGAUGAAGCCGAGUCGCGAGCGGCUAGCACCGUCAAGAACUUGACAUCAAAGACAGACACCGAGGCUUUGGUCCAAGCUUUGAAGCGUUUCUUCACUGAGUGGCUAUGGCAGCCCGGUAUGCCAGCGCAACGGAUGUCAGACAUGCAGAACGAACAGUGUAUUUUGCAGCCUGAUGAGACGUGGAGAGUUUGA